AUGAAGCCUCCACGUGGAGGCUCACUGCAAGAACCAGUUCGAGGGCGACAUGAGAUGACAGUAGCGGAGGUCCCUCGUUGGGAGUACUAUCUUGUUCUCUUCUCCGCUCAUGUCCGCACCAAGGCUACAGGCUUCAAGGAGGCGUCAUUAAUGUACCCAGAAACCCUGUCGGAUGGGCCGAAACGUAACAUCCUCAGAAGCCUCGGGGCGCAAGGCUGGAAAUUCAACCCCAGGAAGCAUGCAUGCCGAGAUGUCUGGGAGGUCGAGUCGUUGCAUGGGGAGGACUACAUCGUCAUGCCCGGGUCACGACGUCAGGGACUGUCGAAGCUGGGUUAUAGCGGCAAGGCGGGCGAGCUAGCGUCCGUUGAGGGCCAGGAGAGUGGCAGUUUGUCAGCAAUCAGCGAACCAGAUCAACAGUGUCACCCUUUCAAUGUCCACUUCUGUCGAUCUCACAAGUAA